AGCAACAUUUUUCAUGCUUCUCCUCUACCUUUUCUACUUUUUGAGCCCAUCUUGGGCUCAAAAUCUCACUGAUAUGAUUGCUCAAAACCCGCUGCUCGCAAAGAUGUCAAUGUUCCAAGAGUAUCAGGAAAACUCCACAAUCCCAUUGCCAUCCUCUCCGGAGGAUAGUGAUGAGGAGGAUUUUAUCAAGAAAAUGAGCACAAAACGUUCUUCAUCCCGUGAGGCCGUAUCCGACAAUUUUGAUCAGCGCUACCACCAAAUGAAUAGGUCGCUUUUCGAUCAAGCAGAUCUGGAAAUCGGAGAUCUCGACUAUCGGGAAAUGACAGUGACGUCAUCAUCAGUGUUCCCAAGUACCUCUACAGAUGACGUGGAUCUUCAGAGAGCACUGGUGGAUGAAGCUUCAGAGUUUGUAACUGAAUUCCAGCCGGAAUCUGAAUCUGAAUCUGAAUCCACAUCACCAUUUUCUGCAAGUGCUUCAAUUUUUGCGACACCUAUUGCUACUUCAACAGAGGGUUUUGAGAAAAACUCAUUUUCUAGAAGCUCCCCAUACUUCAAAGCUUUUCCAACGGCAGCUACGUCACAAUUUGUAUCUUCACAUGUUGCCACGUCACAAAAUUCAUUUGCCACGUCAUUCAAUGACGUCACCGCUCCCGACUUUUCAACUGAAAACCCAUCAACUCCAAUUAUUCUAUCACAGACAACGUCCGACGAAGAGGAGAAGUUCUUCACGGAGCCCGAGGAUUCGGACACUGACGUAGAAGAUAUUUCGUCGAAAGCAGGGAUGCCUACGUCAUCUUUCCAAGGUACAAGCCUGGCUAAGCUCUCAGAGCUCAAGCCUGAAGAGUUUGAGUUCCACCAGAUUCAGAAGAAGAAGCAGGAUGAGAACGAGGUGGUGCAGUUUAAUGGCCGCUACAGUGUCUCCGCCACGAAAUACUACGUAGACAACCGCAUCGACGGCGAGCACUACGAAAACUCGCCUUCUGUAGAAAUCGAGGAUACGAUUCAGGAAAAUGGUGUGGAGGAAGUGGACCCAUUCGCCGUGGAGCGGGAAAUGCGGAAGAUGGCGAGGAUGCACGCGGCGAAGACUCGAACUUUUGAUGAUCCUUUGAAGGGGUUGGAGUUUCUAAUGGAGAAGGACCAAGAACGCCGCCGGCUUUCAGAUGAGCUCCCGGACACUGAGCUGGUGUCAAUGGAGACUGACAAAAAUGGGAAAACAUUUGAGCAGAGACAAACUACGCAUGAAGGAAGGAAGACAAUUGUCAACCUAUACAACAAGAAUCUCUAUGGUCAUGACCUUAUGAGAUUCCCUGGCGCAAUUUUCGACGAUAAAAUCGAUGAACCACGGCAAAAAUCUGACAAACGGCGGACGGUGGCUUCACGGAUAGUAUUGUCGAGUGAUGAGUUCUCCCAUAUUAAUCCAACAUCUCCACGGCUCCGGAAAGUGGUCGCCGGGGUGACAACAAAUGUGAAAACCGACAAAAAUAUGUUUGUAGAUGCAAAGAUUCAGAAGACUACGGAAGACGUCGAAUCAGUGUGCUACAACUCGAAGAAAAACACCGCAAUCACAAAAAUUCGCUCAUUUGAAACCGAUGAUAAUUUGUCAAAGUUGGAGUGUCUCAUAAAAUGUUCCAGAACGCCUGCCUGCCUAGCCACUACCUACUCCAUGCCACUUGCCACGUGUGCAAUGUAUGAGGAAAUCAAGAAUCUAGCUGGAAAUACGAUAAGAAGCCAGGGGCAUAGUUUGCAUAGAAAACUGUCGAAAACUACGGCGAGAUGUGUCAGAAUGUUUGUGUCGAGGGAAGUUUUUGGAGAUUUGGAUAAGGAUUCAGAGGAGGAAGAGUUUGAAGAUUCUCCCACCUUCCUGCGUCUCGUCGAAAAAGACUCCAGUGUCUCAUCGUCUCUUCUUUUUUCUCAACGCCUUCCAGCAAAGUGUCCCGAUGGUCAGGAUGUAAUUUUUGUGCGGUCUAAUGACGUGGAAUCCAGUAAUAAUCACCAAAACUAUGUGGAAAUCACCGAAGACGAUUGCGUUUUUGCGUGUCUCACAAAUUCCCGUCCAGGCGGGGGAGCUUCAGAUUGCACAGCUCUUGAGUAUGACAAGACACGUGGAUUCUGCUACUUGAUGACGUCACCGCCGGCAGAUGACGUGGCAAUGACACCUAGGCCAAGGAACCCAGUGACUAGUUAUGAGAAGAUUUGCAUACAGAAAUCCUCGGCAAACAAGUGCUCAGGAGGCCAGCCAAUUCGCUACCGUCAAAAAGUGCUCAUUGGGCAUCUUGUGGAUGCUCAUUCAGUGGGCUCUGCUGCGGAAUGUAUUGAUUUAUGUAUAGAGAAGCACAUAAUUGGAUGUGUUAGUGUUAUGUUCUAUGCGAAGGAAACCACUCUGAACUGCAUUUUGAAUGAUUCUACAAAUCUGGAGGAUCCCGCUUCAUUCUUUGAUGAAACCGCCACUAUCGUUGACUUUUUCUCUAUUCAGGAUUGCCUAGGGAUUCGGGAAGUCAACAGAAGGGCUAAGAAACGAAAAAUCCAAAAUCGAAUUGAAAAAUUGGCGAGAUUACGGAGGAAAAUGGCACGAAUGUAGAUUUUACUAAACAAAAAUUAAUUUUUUUUUCCGGAAAAAAUUGCAUAUGACAAUAUUGAUAUCAACAGCUGAAAUCGGGUCCUGAUUUAUUAAUUUUUUGUAAUAUUUUUUCCUAAAUAAUAUUAAGUGCGUAGUUAUGUGCGUUUUAUGUUUUUAUUUUCUAAUAAUAAAUUUUUAAAAAACUAUGAA